GUCAAUUAAACGUAUCUAAACUUUCUGUUGAGUAAAUCGUAACUAUUGAAUUCAUUAAAAUGGUGAAGCUAACGAUAAUUGCAGUACUAGCCCUAGUAAUAACUCAAUGUUUUUGCGCGAUUAGCCCAAUGCGCUCCUCGAGACGCCCUCGAUUGGAUGGACGUAUUGUUGGUGGAUACGUUAUUGACAUUAAAGAUGCACCAUACACGGUGUCUCUUCAAUCGUGGAGUCACGUUUGUGGCGGAUCAAUCAUCAAUGAAAAGUGGAUCCUGACGGCAGCUCAUUGUACAGAUGGCCAAAGCGCUGCUAGUUUCAAAAUUAGAGCCGGUUCAACUACCUACGCAGGAAAUGGUACUCUGAUAAACGUAGCCCGAAUCAUUCAACAUGCCGACUUCAGUUUCUACAAUAUUGACUACGAUUUCUCGCUGCUUGAGUUAGCAACGAGCCUUACGUUCGACAGUUCAAUGCAACCGGUCGCUUUGCCCGAACAGGAUCAAGAAUAUCCGGACGAUACACCGGCCCUUGUCACUGGUUGGGGAAAUACGCAAAACGCUGAUGAGGCACGUGAUCGUUUGAGAGCGGUUUCGGUGCCGCUCGUCAAUCAGGAAAUAUGUAAUGAAGCGUAUAGGGAAUUUGGUGGCGUCACGGAUCGGAUGAUUUGCGCAGGAUAUCUAUUUGCUGGUGGAAAGGAUGCUUGUCAAGGGGACUCGGGUGGGCCGAUGGUCACUGAUGGAACAUUAGUUGGUGUGGUGUCAUGGGGCUAUGGUUGCGCACAACCGAGUUACCCCGGCGUUUAUUCGCGAGUGGCAUCGGUGAGAUCUUGGAUCAGAUCCAAUACCGGAAUUUAAUUUUAAGAUAUUUAAGUGAACGUUUUGUACUUUCUACGAUUAAUUUCAUUAAAUCGGCUAACAUUUAAGUUGU